AUGGCCGCGUCGACCGCGCCGACCGCUCUCCGAGGAUCCCCACAGGUCUUCACUGACCUCAUCAGGACCCUCUUUUCCGAAAGAUUGAGAAGCGGCGGGUCUCUCUUCCUCACACUUCGAUACACAUCUUCUUCUGCUCUUACUCAACUUACAAUCCCAUACACAGAAGUUUACCUACUAGAUAAAGUCAACAUGUCUGAGCUCAAGCCUGGUGAUAACUUCCCAGAGGGUGUCUGGUUCAGCUAUAUCCCUCCCUCGCCUGAAACCUCUGAGUUUACUACUUGUGGUACACCUGUCCCUUUCAACGCCAGCCAAGAAUUCAAGAACAAGAAGGUUGUUCUUGUCUCUAUCCCAGGUGCUUUCACACCUACUUGCUCCGGCUCUCACAUUCCUUCCUACUUGGAACACGUCGACAAGAUCAAGGCCAAGGGCGUUGAUCAGGUCAUUGUCAUCGCUGUCAAUGACCCCUUUGUCAUGAGCGGCUGGGCCAAGGCCAACGGCAUUACCGACGACAAGAUCCUCUUCAUGUCCGACAAGGACGCUAAGUUCUCCCAAACUAUCGGCUGGAAUAUCGGUGAGCGAACUGGACGCUUUGCGAUUAUCGUCGACCAAGGCAAGGUCGUGUACGCUGCGAGGGACGAGGAGCCUGGAAGCAUCGAGAAGUCUGGUGCCCUAGGCGUCCUGGCCCAGCUGUAA